AUGAACUAUGUAAGAAACGGCAACAAUAAAUUAGAAUAUAGUGACGCUUUAAUUCGAGCUGUUGUUGCCGACCAAGUUAAAACAUUGUGCGCGGCCGAAGUCCAAAAAAAGAUUCUAUCACAGAAUAAAGAAGUGACGAGAUAUCGAAACAAUCCUGCAGUAGAAAAUAUUGUGGUCAAUAUGGUACGGCAAGAAGUCCGGAAAGCUGUUGAAGAAAUGCUAUAUAUAUAUUCGCAAGACAAAUUAAACAAAGCAGAUUUUGCCCUAUCUUCAGGUGGCGCUAAGAUUAUAAGUCCACUAACUUCCCCAACCUAUGAACAAUGGCCGACACAGUGGUACAAAAUAAUAAUGGCAUCCAUAACCGGUUACGGUAUUACACGAGGUAAACCUCCUGUCACAGCUAUUCAACCCGAUACCCACGUUGGACAAUGCUGGCCUUUUUCCGGGCAACAAGGACAAUUGGCAGUGUUGUUGAGCCGCCAGGUUUACGUGACGGCGGUAACUUAUGAUCAUGUUAGCAAAACUGUUGCAAUGGGCAUAACAAGUGCUCCAAAAGAAUUCGAAAUUUGGGGAUUCGCUGACGAUGAACCUGAUAUAGAAUUUGUAAAGUCGGAAAACGCAGAAAACAAUCGUCAAGAUGAUGAUGCUGUAAUCAACAAAAAACCAAGUCACACUACCAAUGACCCGGACACAGAUUCUAACCAUUUACAAUUGACAGGUUUGGACCUGAAGCUGGGUUCAUCGUCAAGCCACUUGUUUUUGGGCCAAUUUGUAUACGAUAUAGAGGGCUCACCUAUUCAAACCUUCGAAGUCAAAGCUACAGCUAAGCCUAUUCGUGCUAUAAUUAUGAAGGUGAAUAGUAAUUGGGACAAUCCAGAAUACACAUGCUUAUAUCGAUUCCGUGUUCAUGGUGUUCAUUUUACACCAACUUUUGAUAAAAAAUAUUAA